GUCCAAACAAGUAUUCAUGGGCAUUCGAGUUUACGUUCCCGGAAGCCACCAUGCAAUCCUACAAGCGGCUCACACGCGGUGCCCAUUACCUCCGAGAACCACAUCCACUGCCACCUUCCUUCCAACUCAAGACCAGUGUGCCAGGAGGCGCAGCCCAAAUAUGCUACUUCGUUCAAGCACGGCUAGUACUAGGUGGAUCGAAAGGCGUACGGAAGGUGAAGCAAAUGCUAUCGUACCGGCCCACCUCGCGCGAGAACCUACCUCGGGAGCCAAAUCUGACCACCGGCGUCCUCUACGGCCAGAUAUGGAAACCCUCUAGGAGAAGUGAAACUCGGUCGACGGUCGAUAAGGUCUUACGACGGUCAUCAAAUAAGCCGCCAAGCAUUCUACCUACGAUUUUCUACCCAGAGAAGAUCGCACCCGGACAACACAUCCCACUCUCGAUCUCCCUGUUGAACAGUCGGGAUCGUAUGAACGAGGCACAGGUAGAAUGCAUCAUCGACUCACUAUCCGUCACAAUCUCAACAUACUCGACAACAAUGUGUGGCCACACCCUCACACAACCGGAAGACAUUGUCUCAAAACACGUCAACUGCAUCGCAAAGACCAACAUGAAUAAAGUCCUCCCAUUCAACAAAACAGCUCGUUUGACCACCAACUUCAGCCUCGUCAACGACGCCGAAUGCGUACCCACCUUCAAAACGUACACCAUUACAAGGCGGUACAUGAUGGGUGUCACAGUCGGCAUCAAGUUCGAGGGCCAGCAUUUCACGGUGCGCCACAGCACUCCGCUUGAGAUUCUUCCUCGUGCUCCUCGAUCGUCGUUACCUCCGUCUUUCGAGGAAGGUGAGGAGGCAGAACCACUCCCAAUAUACACACCGAGGCAGCCCUCGAGGGAGUUUGCGCCGGAUUACGAGUCCAUUUACGCUCUUUCCCGCACGUCUUCUACCUCGGGAUCCCUUGCACGCUGGACAACUACGGGUUCGAGUAUAGCUUCGGGGAGCUCGACACCGACGACUGAACCUUCUACACCUGCUUCUGAGGUCGACACGCCGGUCUACAUACGUCAAAACGGUAUAAGUACUUGAGAUGCCUAAGGGCGGGAAGAAAAGAAUCAUUGUCCUGCAAUGUGCUACAUUUCAUGCAAGACUACGCUGUGGUGCCAUUUGUCGCUCUGUCAUAGUAUACACAACACGUACUUGGACUCUGAGCGAGGUCGAGGUCGCCGGGCCUUGAACUUCAAGCGAUGAAAGGGGAAGGCAGAGACAUACGAUAGCGGGU